AUGGAACAUCAGACGCAACCUGGAGGAGCACGUAUCUUCUCGAUCCUAAACGACAACGACUGUCCUUCGUUUGUCAUUCGUCAUCACGAACCAUCUCCUCCCUCCUCCGAAAAGACCUCUCCAUUGCUCUCUCCACGACCACGCCUUGAACGGCCUCACCUUGUGCGCCACGCCGGCUACCGCCGCACCUCGUCCUUCUCGUCUUCCACUGCCUCGACCCCUCCUCUCGUACGCCAAUCCUCGUCAGAGUCGGGAUCGAGCAUGGACUCUUCUCCCUCGCCCAUCACCCCGGCGUACAACUAUGUAGACAACACACUGCUUCCCUAUGAUCCGCUGUUGCGCCAAGACAUGACGGGAUACGUCCCGUCUCCGUCGACCAUCACUCCGUUUAUGGAACAACAACUGAUGAUCAACCCGAACAUGGCCGAUCCUCAGUAUUCCGGCAAAUCACUUGCUAUCCCGCCAAUUAUGCCUCCUCAGUAUCCCCUCGUCCCGGGUCCUGUCCACCCUAGCCUGCAGCUGCAGCCUCUUGCGGUUCCCGCGCCAAUACCAAACGGCCUUGCACCGCCCGCCACUUCUGCACCUCCAUCAUCCACCCCAUCUGCGACCUCGCCCACCACGACCGGUUCGGCCCCGCCCAAGAAGAACAAAUACCCCUGCCCUUACGCUCAGUCACACCACUGCCAGUCUACCUUUACCACCUCGGGUCACGCUGCGCGCCAUGGAAAGAAGCACACCGGAGAGAAGGGGGUGCAUUGCCCAAUCUGCAACAAGGCCUUCACGCGCAAGGACAACAUGAAGCAACAUGAACGGACCCACAAGGGGUCUCAGUCCGGGACCACCAGCGACGAUUCCAGCCGUCGAAGCAAAGCUGCCAUGACGAGGGACGCAGUGAAAGCCAAGCAGAUCAAGAAGCAUGAUAGCAUGAACUCGGAGGCCAGUCGUCGGUCCAGCCAGAUCCAUUCGCCUUUGUCCGAGGGAACAUCUCUGGCACCUACCGCUGUCGAGACGCCUGUCUUGUCCCACGAGGACACGUCUCUCUACCUCGAGCCUCGUCAAAUGCUCAUGCCGAUUCAAACCAUUCCAGAGAGUGUUUCACCCAACUCUCUCUAUCCUCCACUGGCCGAUGAUCCCCUUCUUGGAGCUCCACUCCUUCAACCGCCACUGCUAUCCAAAGGUAUCGGCAAUGGAAUGGUACCCAACGGUCUUGUGCCUCCCACUCUGAUACGAGGGUUUUCAGACCUAGACACUCUCGCGCAGGCCGCAGAAAGUUUCGAUCCUUACUAUCAAACUUCUCAAGGCUUGUAA